AUGGGCGCCGCGUUGUCCGGCAUCAAGACACUCAUCGUCCCCGCCGCCAUCUCCCUCGCGCUCUUCCUCGUCGUCACCUUUGCCGUGCUCCCGCUCUGGCGGCGCUACCGCAACCGCUACAGCCAGUACCUGCCGCUCGACUCUCUCGGCACCGCGUCGUCGUCGCUGCGCGACCGCAUCACCGCGCGCCUGGCCACGCUCACGCUGCCGUCGACGUGGCGCCGGGACAGGGGCCGCUUCGCCGCGACGUCGGGCCCGGGCGGCGGCUUGGGCGAGGAUGGGGAGGGCGAUGACGGGGGCGAGGAGCUGGGGCGUGUCGGUGCGGGAGCUGGGAGGACGGUAACGGGCGGCUUUGUCUCGAGCACUGUUCGGCUGAGUAGAGACUUGGAAGAAGGGUUUAUAGACGAUUCCGACGACUCCGAUUCCGAUUAA